UACUCAAGCCAUAAAAUCUGUAAUAGACCAACUAAAGUUUGCCAUAUUAACGAUGGCAGAACAACUAAUUUUACCUAGUUAGUCCUGGCAUGCCUUCUUCAGAGUUCUUCUGUUAUACUUAUUCCAAAAUGACCAUUUAAUGCUAGGGGCUGCAUCCAAAAUUUAUGCAUAUUAGUUGGUGUUAUUUUCUGCAUCAAAUGUCAAAGCACACAUGCUGGUUGAGGCAUAACAAACUGAGCUAUGGAGAAGGGGAUCCAAAUUUUACUAUAACAUCGUAGUGCAGUAAUACAGAUUCCGUCUCUUUUCAGCUUAGAUCGUAAUUGGAGUAAUAGCUGAUCUUUUCAAUCUUUUCUGCAUGAUGCUUCACUAAGCACAACUAGCCUAUCUAAAGGCUGUAGUAAAAAAUUGAAUUUUGUUCGUUAGAAAAUGUGCUACUAAGUAAAUCACAUUUACUGCACCUUCUAAGACCGCAGGAUAAGAUUUCGGUGAACAUCUUACUUGCUAAAAGAGAAAAGCUAAUAGUUUUUGUAUCUCUUCAAGUUGUGGUCCUUUGUUAAGGCUAAAUAUUAAUUACCAUAUCAGGUGAAAAGAUAUGUAAGUUUGCUACUAAUAUUGAGAGCUUUUAGAGAAACAAUUAAGGGAAACUGAUUUUGUCAUGAAGACGACACAAUGUCCCUUCGACAUUCUGGAAACUUGGUGUUCGACGUGCUCCGUUAGUCAGCAACAAAAAUGCAUGGCUACUUACCUUGGAGUCAUCCACUACCUAGUCUGUUGGAUACUUCAGAACAUGUUAUCGCAAAAAAACAAAGAAUGCAGUGUCAGAGAGUAGCCUCAGCAAUGAAACCAGAUUUCGUUCAGGACAUCGCUGAUGCUCUAUCAUUCUAUGAGAUCUUCACUCAGGAAAACCAACAUAAUUUUAGUGUGCCCAAAUUUGUAUCCUUCUUCAUACACAGUGACAAAACUCCUCUGGUCACCCUACGAACUGGAAACAAGACCAUCACUGUUGGAAUGCGUCGGAGACAGUUUACAACAAAUUGGAACACAUUUACUUUUGAGCAUCAGCUACAAUUUGGCGACGCUUUAGUAUUUAUCCCUAAAACAAAAUCCUGCUAUACUGUCCUCAUCUUCGACAAGCGUGGAGUCGAAAAGCUGUUCCCUUGGUACAAUAAGUUCUGCAUCUUCUCUGAUGCACCAACCAGUGCAACUUAGGCAACUUCUUUUACAUUUAUUACAGGAAAAACGUUGUCCUUGUUAUAUGUUCACUAAGCAUAUGAAUGCC